UUUAAUUUAAUUCAAGUUCAAUGGUCAGCCGCCUGAACUUCAAGUCUGACGAUACGAUUUGUCACUACUUAAGCGAGCCUAACAAUACCAAAAUUAAAGUUCCUUUGCAAAUAUUUUGCAUCAUUACCUCCUCGAUAUGUCUACUUUAAGACCAUUCACUUGCGAUGAUUUAUUUAAAUUUAAUAAUGUAAAUUUGGAUCCUCUUACAGAAACUUAUGGACUACCCUUUUAUAUGCAGUAUUUGGCGCAUUGGCCAGAAUACAUCCAAUUAGCAGAAUCGCCAAGUGGUGAAAUAAUGGGUUACAUUAUUGGUAAAGCAGAGGGAGUUGGUGAUAAUUGGCAUGGACAUGUAACGGCUCUCACUGUUUCACCUGAUUAUAGAAGACUUGGUCUUGCUGCUACGCUUAUGAAGUUUUUGGAAGAAAUUUCUGAGAAAAACCAAGCUUAUUUUGUAGAUCUUUUUGUAAGAGUUAGCAAUAAAGUGGCAAUACAAAUGUACCAACAAUUAGGAUAUAUAGUUUACCGUACUGUCUUAGAAUACUACAGCGGCGAUCCAGACGAAAAUGCUUAUGAUAUGAGAAAGGCAUUAUCAAAAGAUAUAAAAAAGAAAUCGGUUAUUCCUUUAACACAUCCUGUGCGGCCUGAAGACGUGGAUUAACUAUUUACCAAUUAAUAUUGAUGAAAAUGAAAAUAAAGUAAAAAAAUUGACUUUUUAA